CAGCUCCUGCCCUCACACCUACCUUCUCCCAUACCAUCCCGCCGCCCAAGCAAUAUCUCAUUCAUCAUCAACCUCGACGUCGCAUCUGCCCGCCGAACUACUCCGGAAAUACCACAACCCAUUUGUUACGCAAUCCGAUCCAUUAGAUACUCGCUUCACUGCCGACUUUGAAACUCGCCUUUUCCUGGGGAUACGACUCGAUCGAACCCUCCAUACCCAACAACAGGAAAUAGCAAACCUGUCGACAAGCAACAACCAUGGGCUCGGAUCCCCAAUACGCAAAAUGGCCGCUGUUGCCACUCGCACAGCACGUCUUUACCCUUACAAACUCGUAUGCAGGCGGGGCAGCCCAGCAGGCGGCGGCCAAGAGCCUGCAGGAUGCCAUCAACGAGCACAAAAUGGCCCCGCUGUACAGGUACCUGGCGCACCCGAUCGAGGGCAUCCUCAACGUCGUCGGCGAGGGUGGCUCAAGCGCCCCCGGAAAGCCCCUAAGCAGGAAGUCCAGCGCCGUCGGCAUGAUCUCAACCAACAGGCCCAUAACCAGCGUAAACCUGACCUGGGAUGAGGGUCUCUACCAGAAGCUCAAAGCGGAUAAUGAUGCCGAGCUAGAAGAGUUUCAAAAGGAAGAGGACGAAGCUGUUGAGAAGGCCGGUGAGACAGAAAUUCAGGCUGCAAGGGGAAAGAGGGCUGAUUUCUGGGCGAGAGUUGGCGACAAGGAGAAAGCAAUCGCUGCCUACGAGCUGGUCUUUGAGAACACCGGAAUCCUGGGAACCAAGAUCGAUUUGGUACUAGCAAUAAUCCGCAUGGGUCUUUUCUACGGUGACAAGCAGUUGGUGAAGAAGCAGGUUGAGCGGGCCAAGACACUGGUCGAUGCCGGCGGUGACUGGGACCGCCGUAACCGCCUCAAGGCGUACGAGGGUAUCCAUCUUCUUACCGUCCGCUCCUACAGCCUUGCCGCCCCUCUCCUCCUCGACAGUCUGUCGACCUUUACUUCAUACGAGCUCUGUACCUACACAAACCUGGUUGUAUACUCGGUUCUUGCAGGCUCUGUCAGUCUCAAGCGUGUCGAGUUCAAGUCCAAGGUCGUGGACGCCCCCGAGAUCAAGGCCAUCCUUGGCGACGGCGAGGACAAGCUGCUUGCACUGACAGGGGCCAUCUCGGCUGGUCCCGGGGCUGAUGACGAGAUGUCCGACGGCUCGCCCAGCGGGGCGGCCGCCCCGAGCAAAGCCUCGGGCGCCACUGCUGUCGUCAACCUCACUACUCUCGGCACCGGUACUGACCAACCCGAUGCCGAGCUUGCCGUCGACUUCUCGCCGCUGGCUCAGCUUGUCAGCAGCCUGUACACGGGCAACUACAAACAAUUUUUCCAGGCAUUGGCCCUUGUAGAGGAGCAGUUCUUGACCCAGGACCGUUACCUGCAUGAGCACAAGAACUGGUUCAUCCGGGAGAUGCGUCUUCGUGCUUACCAGCAACUCCUGCAGAGCUACCGUGUCGUUGGUCUCGACAGCAUGGCUAACGACUUUGGCGUCACGAUUGAGUUCCUUGACCGCGAUCUGGCCAAGUUCGUCGCCGCCGGUCGCAUAUCAUGCACCAUUGAUCGCGUCACGGGCAAGGGCAUCAUUGAGACGAACCGCCCCGACGACAAGAACAAGCAAUAUCAGGAUGUAGUCAAGCAGGGUGAUCAGCUGAUCACUAAACUGCAAAAGUACGGCCAGGCAGUAAGGCUGCGUGGUAGCGAGAGGGCGUAAUUUCGAGGUAAUCAGGAUCGAAACUGAGGAUCAGAUACCGAGGGUGGGAAGCCCGGCUCUUCAGUUUCAGAGAUAACCCAUCCAGCAUUUGUAUUCUCGUUCAGAAGGGGAGGGACCAGGAUAGCUGAAAUAAGGGUUCACAGAGAUUUCCUACACAUGCUUUGAUGGUCACACUGGGCGAGAUAGACCGAGGAAACCGGAUUGGAGACAGGCGCAAUGGAAAUUGGGUGAAGGGCAAGGGGCUGACAUUGUGUCGUCAUCUAAAUGUAUGAUAAAUAGACAAGACAACCGAAAUAAUCCCAGGAAAGGACUUCACACAAUGGGGUCUUUUCAAUUUGCACUCCA